UCGGAAAUUCCAAGUGAAGUUAAAGAACAAUGCAAGACGAUCAGCCUAGAAUGUGGGAAAGCUCUCAAGGAGUCAUCAGCAUCAAUCAGAACGAUGAUCAGAAUUGAUACCGUUCAUCUUCACAUUGGAAAAUCAAAAACUGCUGCUGAAAAUCUAAAAUCACUAUUCAAAACAGGCGUGUGGAAAGAAGCAGACCUGCUAGAGAUAGCACCAGCCACUGCAGUUGCUUCCCUUCUAUUAGAAGUUGUUCAGUGCAGUGAAAGAAUUGCUGAUGCUGUUCAAGAAUUAGCCAAUUUGGCAGGUUUCAGAAGUGUAGAAUCUUCAGGCUCACUGCAACAAUUUCAAGGAUCAUCACAGCAAGUCCAUAGCAUCGACUUACAAAACCAUGAAAUUACAAUUGGGGAAUGAUCAAGAAAACUCUUAAGA